AUGGCGAGCGGCGGCGGAGGCAAAGUCUCUUUCAAAGUCACUCUCACCUCCGAUCCAAAGCUUCCUUUCAAAGUGUUUAGCGUGCCAGAAGCAGCUCCGUUCACCGCCGUCUUGAAAUUCGCAGCAGAGGAAUUCAAAGUGCCUCCCCAGACCAGUGCGAUCAUCACAAAUGAUGGAGUUGGAAUUAAUCCCCAACAAAGUGCAGGUAAUGUCUUCCUCAAGCAUGGCUCUGAACUGCGCUUGAUACCUCGUGAUCGAGUUGGAGGUCCUGGCUACUGA